GAGCGGGAGGAGCCCUUGGUCAGUCAGGACAGGUGGGGAAAGCCCUCCGUUGGUCAGGAAGGGCGGGAAAAGCCGAUCGUUGGUCAGAAAAGCAUGGCUUCAUCCCUUCCAGAGGAGCUGGAUUGGUCUGUGCCAGCCGUCAUGGGGGAGCGCAGUGUGUGCUCCACUGAAGUGCCAGCUGGGAACAAGGCCAGCUUCGGGGAAACAAGUCUGUCUGGAUGUGACAGCCACGUCCCCAGUUCUGAAGUUCUUGAAGCAAUAGAAAAUGUUAUUCAAGGUGUGCUUCAAAGCUUGGCCCAAAAAAAAGCACCUGUUCUCACAGUGGCAAACAGAACAGACUGGAGGAACAUAGAAUUUAAAGAUUCUGUAGGUCUACAGAUGAUACGACGCUGUACUACAAAACAGAUAAGAAGUGACUGCCCUCAAUCAGCAACAAGAUUUGCUCUUAUGCUCAAAAUAUUAUCUAUGAUCUAUAAGAUGGUGCAGAGCAAUACUUAUGCAACUAAAAGAGAUAUAUAUUAUUCAGAUACUCUGCUGUUUGGUAGCCAAAGUGCUGUGGACCAUAUAAUCAAUGACAUUUCCUGCAUGCUUAAGAUACCUCGGAGAAGUCUGCAUAUACUGUCUACAACUAAAGGUUUUGUUGCUGGUCAUUUAAGUUACACUGAGGAAGAUGGUACAAAAGUGAAUUGUACCUGCAGUGCAACAGCAGUCUCUGUGCCAUCUAAUGUUCAAGGAAUUAAAAAUUUAAUCUCACAUGCCAAAUUUGUGUUAAUUGUAGAAAAAGAUGCAACUUUUCAGAGGCUCCUGGAUGAUGAUUUCUUCAACAAAGUGUCCCCAUGUAUCAUGGUUACGGGAAGAGGUGUACCAGACCUUAAUACGCGACUUCUGGUCAGGAAGCUGUGGGAUUCUUUUCAAAUUCCUGUUUUCAGCCUUAUGGAUGCAGAUCCACAUGGUGUAGAAAUAAUGUGCGUCUACAAAUAUGGAUCUGUGUCAAUGUCUUUUGAGGCCCAUCAUCUUGCUGUUCCAUCUAUAAAGUGGCUUGGUCUCCUUCCAUCUGAUCUCAAGAGAUUAAAUAUAAGUAAAGAUGCCCUGAUUCCAUUUACAAAACAAGAUCAAAAUAAGUUGGCAAGUAUACAGAAGAGACCUUACAUUGCUUGUCAGCCAGCGUGGAAAAAAGAACUGGAAAUGAUGGCAGCAUCUAAACUGAAGGCUGAAAUUCAAGUUCUAACUUCUCUCUCACAAGAUUACCUUUCCAGAGUCUAUUUACCAAACAAACUGCAGUUUGGUGGAUGGAUAUGAGCACUGUUUUGCAAAUGAAAUGCUUUUCUAUAUAUUGAUUUGUUUUGUUGACUGCUCUUAGAGAAAAACCCUGCAGAGGAGUAUCUGUCAGCUUCUUGUAAGGUUUCUUUAUCAAUCUAGAUUACAAUUUUCUCUUUUUGCAGAAUACUGCUGCUUCCAUUCUAUGGUUUCUGCAGUGUAAAAGUGCCAAAUGCAAUGAUACACACAGAAAAGAUAAUGAAAUAUGUUGUUUCUUGACAGAAAAAUGUUAAGUUUAAAAAUGUAUCCAAGAAUUGCUUUGCCUUCUGUUUUAAAGCACAAGAUGAUGCUGUACCAAGCUUUUUAUUUUUGAAAGGAGUGAAAGACUUGGUUAAGAAUUUAUUGUAUGUGACUCCUUUUGGAUAUUGUUUUAAGUACAACAUGGUGGGGGUUUGUGUUCACUGUAAAUUCAGACCAAAAAAGUCAGAGAUAAUUCUUUAUUUCUGCAUGUCUCAAGCAGCUAUAAAUGUUCCAGCAAUCAAAUUUCUAUCUGUCUUCCAUGAAUAAGUAAGAAAGCAGAUGUUACUGAUUAAGAAUUUAAUAAACAGUCCUGUUAAUG